CUGAAAUAUCUUGGCUAAUCUUUGAUUUUUGGGGUUAGGGUCUUGGCAGGUGAGGUCCGAGAGUGCCUCCUUCAAAUCCGCCCCGGUCUGCCGUUUGAAUUUUGGUCAGACGCGUGUUGAAAGAGAAUGGGAACUCAGUGAUAUCUGGGUGCACUGCGGUGCCUAUGCAUAUACAAACGAGCGAUCCGAAUGUCACACCGUGCCCCUUGUCCCACACUCUCCAAAGCAUUCCCAUUGGGCCUAUUGGGCCUAUUGGGCGAUACUUGAAUUUUUGUUGAAUUUUUGUAUUCCUGCCUCACUCGCAUGAUCCCACAUGGAGGAAUCAAUGCCCCGCGGGGAGAUCAUCGGGAUCGUGAUUGGGGGUGUGGUCAUAUUUGCCCUGAUCAGCAUGAUUCCGUUAACCAUCAUCUGGUGCCGCCGACGAGUCAAUCGCGAGUCUUCAUUGAAUCGCGGCGAGUGGAGGCUCGGCAAUCAACAAACGCAACAACUACCCCUGCAGGAUGUCCUGGGCCACCCAGUCUCGGUGGACCGAUGGCUGGAAGAACAAAAUGUGCCCACAAAUGCCCAGCAAUAUGGCCAAGAUACUUGUUCCAUCUGCCUCUGCGCACUGUCGUCGCCGGUCUAUCCGACCUAUCCACAUACAGCCAUUCUAGCCCGGAGCCAACGCAAUCAAUCCCCAAUUCGGGCAGACGAUCCCCAUGCACGCGUGGCCCUGGACCCUGGCCACGAGACCAUUGUCUUGAAUCGAUGCAAGCAUGCCUUCCAUCUGGCUUGUCUCAAGUCUUGGUUUGAGUAUCGUCGGUAUAAGUGCCCCAUUUGCCAAGCUUCGUAUUCGCCCGAGGAGGAGGCAUGCGGAUUAAGACCCCCAACCUGAUUGUUCUUUGUCUUUUGUACAAUUUCCUGGUGGCUUUAUAUUUUCUUGGUAUCCAUGCAUCUUUUUCUCGAGGCCUUGUGACGGGCUUUGCUUUGAG